AUGUUUUCGCAGAUUCUCUUUGGCGGGUUAGCCCUUUGGACUGCUUUUGGCUCAGCUGCCAACGUCAAGGCCAACGCGGAUGCUUGUUAUGGUCCCAAUCUGAUCUCAGUACCCUCAGGGGAUCAUCGCCCCGUGCCAUGGGGUACCCCGAGUGUUCAUUUUUCAUCAAUGAAUGGCACGCUGACUACAUGCUGUGACUCUCUGGACGAGAUCCGCACUGCGCUCGAUGAGAUCGACAAUCAAUUGCUCGAUCUCCUAAAUCGGCGAGCCGCAUAUGUCCGCGAGGCAACUCGGUUCAAAUCCACCCGGGCUUCCGUAAACGUUCCCUCACGCAAUGAGGCCGUCCUUGAACAGGCAGAGCAACAGGCGGUGUAUGUUGGGGUGCCAGUGACGAUUGCUCGGGCGGCCAUGGGGGCUAUUCUAAACUCCAGCGUGCCUUUUGAAGAGUGCAUUAUGAAUCUUUCGAGUAUCGACUCUCUUGUGAUUGUGUGA